CACUGUCCUGUCAGUGAGUUUAAUGAUCAAUCUAUUUGGUUUUGGUGUUCUUUAUUUAUGAAUAUUUUUAUGGAAAUCUUCGAAAAAUACGAGAUACGAGUAAACAACUGAACUUCUUUUGUUAAUACAAGUAUUUUAGACGCAAAUUUUCUCAUAAUGAAUUACUUUAGUCUUAAUAAAUUGGUGACGACACUGGGUGUUCGAAGGUUUUUGGAGUUUCGAACGAUGAAAACCAAAACAAUAAUCAAUGCUGAAGGGAAAGAUGUGAUUAAAAAGAAAGUUUAUGAAAAUAGAAUAACGCUGAUAAGUCCAGAUAAUUCACUGAGUAUUACGGACCUGAAGAAUGCUCAGAAUAUAUCCCUCAGACGCGAUUUGAAACUGGUUAAAAUUCAAGAUACUGAUGCAAAAACUAGACGACCAGUUUACAAACUAAUGACAAGCUCUGAGUAUCAUGCAGAAGAGCUCUCUAAAAGGAAAGAAAAGCAGUUGGCUCGUCAGAAUGCAUCAAUAAAAGGGGAGAAACUGUUGACCUUGUCUUCAAGGAUAGGGGAACAUGACCUGAUGACUGGUAUAAAGAAGAUGCUGAAACUGGUAGAGAAACAGUAUGAAGUGAAAGUGGUGAUUGCUGGGGAUGACGCUGAAGCAGCUAUGAAAUCUGAAAAAAUAUACCAAACCAUAGAGAACCAAGUGAGAAACAUGAGCAGAAUUGUGCAGAAGAGGGUCAAGGGUAACAGUUUAAGGUUUCAAUUGUUACCUGUAAGGGAUAGUAGCACUGAAGGUACUGGCAACACGGACUCUAGUCAAAAUGACAAUAAGGGGCCACUAUGACUAGGAGCACUCAUCCUUGUCAUAGUCGUAACAAAAUAUGUUUUGUUAAAAAAAUAUUACUUUGAAAAUAUGGACUCUGAGUCACAUAAAAAGUCUAAGAAACUAGAUUCUGGAAACAGUGGAACUAAUAGCAUUUGAUGUUUGUAUUUCCUUUUUUAUUAAGUGAUUUUUGUGCAAUUUGUAAUUAUUUACAAUACAGAUCAUGUAUUUUAUAGGGGAUUCAAAGUCAAUUUAACUUGUUUUAGUAAACUUAAAUCAAAUUGACUGAUAGUUUAAAAUAGAUCUUCUAUUAAAUAAUGUAAAUAAACCACACCUGUACUUAGUGAUUUGAUCACUUUUGUAUAUAUUUUCUUCUUUUUAGUUUUAAUGAAAUAGUUUAUGAAGCAUGAGAUUGUAAUGUAAAUAAUUGUGUUUUGAUUUGUUUAAAUGAAACACUUUAUGUAAAUAAAUGACAAUUUUAAUACAGCAUCCACCUAGUCAGUCAGUUCAGUCACAGUAGCAGCAUGUUCAAGCAUAUGGCAAACCAGUCUGAGGGCUGAUGCUCACUUGCUUCCUCCGUCUGUACACAUUACCCUCAGACAGAUUUACCUGCUAAUAUACAAGUGUCCACUCUGAACAUAGAACUACUUAAACUCUAAAUACAUACACUGUCUAACACAAGAAGAUACAUUCAACUAGUAUGCUGACAUAACUAAAAUUCAUAAAUUAAUGAUUUAUUUUUAUCAGUUGGAGUUAUCACAGAUGUUUUAGAGAUCGUUAAUUCUUAAAUGGUAGGAGAUUUAUUGGUAGCAUAUAGUACACAUCUAAGACAAUAAUAAAUUAUUAAAUGGAUGGCUAUUAUGGCAAA